AUGUCCCUGGCGUUUGUGCCGAGUCACAUGCGCGGAAAUCCCCCCGAUCAUCAGGCGACGGUUCAAAAAUUGCUCGAUGAGAAUUCGAGGCUCAUCGAUGUUAUCACAGAGUAUCAGAAUCAGGUUUUUUUUUUUUUUUAUUCAUUUUUUUAUUUGAGUUGAAAUAAUUUUAGGGCCGCGCGGAAGAUGCCGGGAAGCAUCAAAUGUUGCUCCAUCGGAAUCUGGUUCACUUAGCGAAUUUGGCAGAUCAAUCGCUGCUUCCUCAGCUUCGAGUUAGUGAAAAAAAAAUGGGUUACAGCCCGUUCCGCUAUAGAUUUUCCUUUUUUUUUAAAGCAAAAGUACCGUACACCAAACUUCGCUUCGAGACCUUUGUUUUUUGCAGUUUCUUGUGAUUUUUAGAGCAAUCUUGCAAAAAAAAAGUUUUUUUCUCUACUGUGCUUUAAAACGUGAAUUUAUGAGAUGUUACAGAAUCUAAAUUGGAUUUCUCUGAAAGGUUUUUGAGAAUUUUUCUUUCAACUCGUGAACUUUUCUUUCUGAAAAAAAAAACGAUUUUUUAAAGGAAGAAAAGCCGAACGAUCCUCUGAAUGGUAGUAAUGGCUCGCCGUCGAAUCCGGCGACUUUCCAACCGCCACCGACGCAAAAUUCUCAGUAUCCCGGUCAUCCGGACGCCUACCAACAACAAUACGCUCAGCAAAUGGGACAGCAACGGCCCUCUCAGCAGCAGCCCAUGUCACAGUACCCACAGUAUGGACAAGGUAAAAUAGGCAUCAAAAUCGGGGAAAACAUUUUUCAAAGGUAUAUAAGAAAAGUGAAAACUUGAAAAAGGUUUUAUUUCAGCCCUCUUAAUUUCUAGAUAUAACGUUCUAUGGGGUUUCAAAAAUAUUUGCUUUAAAAAGUCCCAAAACGACUAAUAGUUGAAAUAUCUGAGAAAAAAAGUAUAUAUAUAUCUUGAGCUCGAAACGAUAUGUUAACUUCAGUUUUAUUAUAAUAGCAAAAGUAAAGCUCGAGUGACCUGAGAGGUUCUUCGAGACCUCCAAUAGUUACGACUACAGAUUUGGUUUUUAAAAGUGUGUCUUGCUCGAAAAACUACAUUUUUUCGUUAGAACGAUUUACGCUUUGAAACUCUCAUAUUUUUUUGAGUUUCGCUCGGUGUAAUUACGCAAAUUACUUAGCCUAGAAAUUUUCUAAAGACUUGGUAUGGCCAAAAAAUUGAAGUUUUUUCUACUAAAAAAUCCUGCUUGGGAUCGAAAAGGUUGAAUAUACCAUCAGAUUGAGAAUACUAUUGAUUUUUGAGCUCUUCAAAAGUUUUUGCAAAAAACAUCAAAUUUGAUUAUUCUUUUUCUAAAGGCUUAUCGUCUAAUAUAACCAACUAUCAAUAAUUUUUUUCUCUCAUUCGUUGUAAAUUUCCCGAACUACUUUCAUCAUCGAUUUUUUUAGUUCGAAUUUGGGAUUUUCAGGAGGACCUCGCACCUUCUCCGGUCCACCCCAGGGAUACGACGCUCAACGGCAACCUCGACAGCAAUUGGGAUAUCCGCCUCAGGAUCAACAGCAAUUUAUGCAGUGA